CUUCCUGUUGCCGAGUCUUUUUCAGAGACUAAUGGAGAGAAGAGCCAGAGUCGGUGAAAUAUGAUUUUAACUCUUGGGCCGGAGCUGAUCGUUUUACAGUCCAACGCCGCUUUUCCAUCUACAAAAGUUGCCUUGGCUCCAUGCACGCCAGCAGGAUUUUCCUUCGAGUGGACUCGCCCAACGUACCAUGACGAAGGAGACUUGAGUGGAAACAGUGUCUCACGAAUUAACCUGUUCUCCGUUUCACACCACAUCUCUCUUCUGAAGAAUAAUAAACAGCAAGAUGAAGAACUUCAGCUCUCAGAGCAGGAGAAUAAGAAGAAUGGCUUCAGAAUCAGAUCUCAGCAUCCUCAAAUCAUCAUUUAGCACAUGGUCGAGCCCUGGAAAGCGAGGUUUCGAUUCUAGGGAAUUCCUUGGAAAAUUUGACAACGCACAAAUGAGAUUUGGAUUCGGCAAUGAAAAAAUAACCAUGCAAAUCCUGAACGAUCGCCUCGCAUCCUACCUAGAGAUAGUGAAAAGCUUGGAAAAGGCAAACAGCGAGCUGGAGCUGCAGAUUCACCAGUUUCUGGAGAAAAAAUGUCCAGAUGCUUGUGACUAUAAUCACUACCUGGUCAUCAUUGAUAAACUACGCAAGGAGAUCCAGGAGAUGACCUUAGGCCUUGCUAGAGUUGAUAUUCAAAUCGACAAUAGCAAGUUGGCUGCAGAGGACUUCAAGCUCAAGUUUGAACAUGAACUUUCCAUAAGACAGUGGAUUGAAGCUGACAUAAAUACACAGAGAAGAAAGCAGGAUGAUAUCAAUAUGGCGCGGAUGCAUCUGGAAAAUGAAGUCAAACGACUGAAAGUCGAACUGAUCGAUUAUAAAAAACAACAUCAACUGGACGUGUCAGAAUUGCGCGAUCAGAUCGAGCAGGCGGGAGUUCAGGUGCAUGUUGAUGCUCCUAUAGGGCAAGACCUUAUUAAAAUUAUGGAGGAGAUGAGAGCAAACUAUGAAAAGAUCAUCCUGAAGAACAAGCGGGAAGUCAAGAAAUGGCAUGAAACAAAAAUAACUGAGGUGCACAUUCAAGUGUCCGAGAACACAGCAGCAUUGAAGGAAGCCAACACACAAGCCAGCGAGAGCCGCAAAAAGAUGAAGUCCUUAGAAAUAGAGCGGCAGUCUCUGCUUGGAACCAGAACAUCUCUUGAAGAAGCCCUCCGUGAAAUGAGACUGCGAUACGCCGUGGAGUUGGAGCAAUACAAUGCCAUCAUAGUCCUGAGAGAGGCUGAACUUCGACAGCUGCGUGAGGACACUCAAAACCAAAGCCGGGACUAUCAGGCCCUUCUCAACAUUAAGAUGAAACUAGAGGAUGAGAUCGAGACCUACAGGAGACUGCUGAAUGGAGAUGACUUUGAACAACUAAGCGAAGAAGAGAAGAAGACCAGGGUGACCACCAUCACCCAGAACAUUGUGAAUGGGCAAGUUGUGUCCACAAGCUCUGAAACGAAGGAAAAGGUUGUCUAAACACAAAUGGGACCACAAAUGCAUGUUUGUGGCAACAUUGAUAAA